AAGCAUAGUGACCAGUAGUUCAGUUUGAACCAACACAAGUACGCUGUCAGUUCAGAAGCUAGACUUUAAGUUAACGUUUCAGAGGUUUCCCAGACUGCAAAAUGACAUCGAUUGCGUUGACUUUGUGCCUAUGUGUUGCCAUCUUUACUCCCCAAUGUAUGGGCGGUAGAAGAAAUAACGUCAUUAGUUAUAUAAUGAACCACGUAGACGAACUGCAGCAGCGUCAGGAUGCCGUCACACCCUCUUUCGGUCCAAUUUGUGAGGGGCGCAACUAUCAGAUUUACCUAGACCCUCUAAACUGGUCUGCUGCCAAGCUAAAAUGUGAGAUCAACGGAGGAAUGCUCGCAAAGAUACGAAGCCAAGAUAUCCACGUAGCGAUCGUCGAUUACAUAAAGGAGGCGAAGUUAACGUCAACAAUCGUUAACGACGCCGGGAAAGGUCUAUGGAUCGGGCUUGGUGACAAAGACGAGGAAGGGCGUUACAUGUGGGUCGAUGGUGAGGAGCUAGACUUAAACGAGUGCAGCCAAUAUCAAGGAUGGGCCGCAGAUGAACCAAAUAACAACGACAAGAAAGACGACAAUGGACAGGACUGCGUGCAGCUGUGGAAAAUGCGUCAAUUUGACUGGGAUGAUGGUUACUGUAACGACUCAAAAGGAUACAUAUGCGAAUAUGCAGCCUGUGAUCCUAGCUGCGUUGCCUGUCUGUAAAGGAAAUUAAAAAAAAUACGUAGAAGUAAAAUUAAGAGAUUCAAUUUGUUGAAAUGUUGUAACCUACAUACUAUAUGUUGUUCGUAAUAUAUGUGUCUUUCUUUAUAAUUGUAUAUUCCCAUAAUCCUCUGUUUAUGAUUUCCUUGUAAAAUAGAUUGAUUAAAAUGAAGCAUCGAUUAUCGUUUUCAAAUUUCCAAGACGAAAUGUUGUGUUGUUGUAGAAUACUAGUACAUGUAUUAUAUUUGCUACCAAAAUAUUAUUUUCAUUUUAUAAUAGAUCAUGCUUUAUUGGUCCGACUAAGAACAGAAUAAAACUCCACAUUAUGUCAUUAAUA